AUGUCUGAGCAGCCAAACUCAUAUCUGGGCUCCUCAUUCUCUGAGUCGCCUCUCCAGCGUUUGGGCGGACGGUCCUACUCACGAAGACCGUCCAUUCUCAUUCCACCAUCAGUGCCCAACAUGAACGAAGGCCUCCGACACCAGAGUGCCGAGCUAGCCAAUAUGGCGCUCGAAGAAGGUAUGGGAACCUCGCCAUCUAACAACGACCGUCCCAAAUCCUCCGGAUCAGCACAGAGCUACUCUAUGCACGGCUCCUCUCUGUCUCGACAGCUAGCCAACGAACCGCUACCGAUUCCAGAUGUGAUCGAAACUCCCGGGCUGAGCAACACAGAGCGAGAUCCGCUACGGCCAAAGAAGUCAGCCGAAUCAAAGAAAUCAGCACAAUCGACCAUCACAGCGUCCAGAAGAGACUCACACCGACAAUACCACACGUUUGGAUGUCCCGACAUCGAAACUGGCGACGUGAACCAUGGAGGACCAAGACGAGGACUCAGCGGAUGGUUCAAGAGACUGGAGGAAAAGAUCAAAAAUACCUCAUCAGCAGACAUGCUCGACGAGUGCAUCAAGAAGCCAAUAUCAUACCUGCCCUCAGUAGUGCUGGGAACUCUCCUCAACAUCUUGGACGGUCUGUCGUACGGAAUGAUUCUGUUCCCGCUAUCAGAGCCCAUUUUUGCACAUCUGGGUCCUGCAGGUCUGUCAAUGUUCUACAUGAGUUGUGUCGUUUCGCAAUUGGUCUACUCACUGGGAGGAUCUGCUUUCAAGGCUGGUAUUGGAUCCGAAAUGAUUGAGGUCGUGCCCUUUUUCCAUUCCAUGGCAUACACCCUAAUGGCCGAGAUCAAGGAGCCAGAGCGGGUGAUCCCUACUGUUAUUCUCGCGUUUGCAACCUCCUCUGUCGUAACCGGGCUGGUGUUUCUGGCGCUGGGAGCUGCCCGUCUAGGAUCACUCAUUUCCUUCUUCCCUCGUCAUAUUCUUGUGGGAUGCAUUGGAGGUGUAGGAUGGUUCCUGUGCGUAACGGGUAUUGAGGUGUCCUCCCGAAUGGACGGUCCCCUGGAAUACACAUUUGCAAUUCUCAAGUUUCUGCUGGACCCCCAAAUCCUUCUCAUGUGGAGCACUCCUUUGGCCCUCGCAUUAGCCCUGCUUCUCAUCCAACGAUUCUCUCACCAUCCACUGAUUGUGCCCUCAUACUUCUGCGGUGUUUUUGCCAUCUUCCAUCUGCUGGUGUGGGCUAUUCCUUCAUGGAACCUGCAAAUGGCUCGAGAUAAUGGCUGGGUGUUCUCUGCCCAGGCCACUAGCGAGCCCUGGUGGUACUACUACACUCUCUACGACUUUGGAAAGACAGACUGGGCCGCUCUGUUGAAAACCGUGCCUGCCAUGUUCGCCCUGACCUUCUUCGGUAUUCUGCAUGUUCCCAUCAACGUGCCUGCUCUCGCUGUUUCCACUGGACAAGAGGACAUCAACGUGGAUAGAGAACUGCUUGCUCACGGCAUCAGUAACGGUCUCAGUGGUCUGAUGGGAUCCAUUCAAAACUACCUGGUCUACACUAACUCGGUCUUGUUCAUCAAGUCUGGAGCCGAUUCUCGAGUGGCUGGUGUCAUGCUCGCCAUUGCUACGGCUGGUGUUAUGUUCGCCGGUCCUGUAGUCAUUGGUUUCAUCCCCGUCUGUGUAGUUGGUGCCCUCAUUUUCUUGCUGGGCAUUGAGCUUCUGAUUGAAGCUCUGGGUGACACUUGGGGCCGACUGUCUCGGUUCGAGUAUAUCACUGUGUUGGCAAUUGUGCUCACCAUGGGUAUUUUCGACUUUGUCUACGGUAUUCUGUUUGGUAUUGUGUUGGCAUGCUUCUCAUUUGUUAUCCAAUCUUCUCAGAGAUCGGUCAUCAAGGCUACAUACACUGGAGCCGUGGCUCGAUCCACCGUUCGACGUCACGCUACCCAACAGAAGUUUCUUCAGGAGUGUGGUAACCUCAUCUACCUGCUCAAGCUUUCUGGAUACAUGUUCUUCGGUACCAUUGUGCGUGUGGAGGAUACCAUCAAGCAGCUCAUGGAUGACGCACAAUUCAAGGAGUCUCCUUUCCGAUACCUCAUUCUGGAUAUGACUGCCGUUUCUAACAUCGACUUCUCUGCUGCCGAGGCGUUCAUCCGUAUCAAAAAGCUGCUGGAUAGCAAGAACGUUUACCUAGUCAUGUCUGGUAUUGGAUCCAACUCUCCCAUCUCAUCCGCUUUGGGUGCAGUUGGCCUUUGGAAGGGUUCUUGCACGCAGGGAACUGAUGUUCGGCUGUUCUCUAACUUGAACGAGGCCCUAGAAUGGUGCGAGAAUGAGUUCUUGAGUCUCUACUACAGUGCCCGCGACGAUGCUGCCUCUCCUACCACUCCAGGCACACCCACUGAUAUCCCUACCAAUACUUCUGGUAACCGUAAGAAUGCGCUUGCUGUGCUUUCUUCAUCUCCUGGCUACUCUGCAUCUCCCCGACUGAGCAUGAUCCAUCGGGCUGCCACUAACAACGUCAAAGACGACCCUAUAAUGAAGUGGAACAACUUCAAGCAGCCGUUGCCUCUACUGCUUCAGGUGUCCCAGGGUCUUACCAAUGAGAACGAGGACUUUUGGUUCCGAAUCUGCGCAUUCUUCAAGAAGGAGGUGCUUCCCAAGGGUCACGUUCUGUACACUGCCAACCAAUCUCCCACCGGAUUCUACCUUGUACAAAGCGGUAUUCUGAGAGCAGACUACGACAUGCAGCAGGGUCGACUUUACGAGACGAUUCUGGCUGGUACCACAUGUGGAGAACUGCCGUUCUUCUCCGAGACUUAUAGAACAGCAACUGUCACAGCAGAGGUGGAGACCACUGUUUGGAAGAUGGAUGCCGAGUCGUGGAAGCAGCUCCAGCAGCUCGAGCCUGAUGGACAGGUGCUUGCCAACGAGCUUCUGAAAGUGGUUCUGAAGCUGACGGCUGAGAGAUUCGAAUCCAUUACCAAGUACGUUCUCAUCAGUGCCAACUAG